GGGGCUGGGUAGACCUGUUGGAGAUCCAGCAGGGCUUAGCCAGUGUAUUGGAGCCAGCAGAGAAGUUCUGUUCRGAGGGAGUGCAGCCCUACCUGGCCUCCGUACUGGAGGAGCUGAUGGGACCAAUCAGCUCAGGGUUCCAGGAAGCACGGCUCCUGAGUGACAGCCAAAUGGACCAACUGUGUCAGGACUUCCAGGAGSGCGGGGUUACCAAUGAACUCAAGCAGGCCCUAGCUAAACUGAGUAGGCCAAAUCUGUUGAGUUGUUACCAGAGGAUCAACUCUCUCCACGACCAGCUGCACGACCUGCAGGAACGCUUUGGCUUCUCCAACAUCAGCAGCCUGGUCAACAGCACCCAGAUAGACCUACAGCAG